AUGCUGGAUUCUAACCUUCCGCUAUCAGGGGCACCCAACAAACCGAGAUGUACCCGGAAACGAAGAGAUAAGAAAUACAGAAAGGACAAGAGUCCCACAAUGUUCUCUUUGGCAGAAGGCUGCGGCUGCGUCAGUUUUCGAGGGGGCAGGCGCGCUCGCUCCCUCGGAGAUGACUCGUCGUCGUGUCGCAGCUCUGAGAUAGAGCAGGAGGUGCCUAAGAAAUUAGGACGGAAAGUGUUGAAUGGAGAAUGCACAAUAAAGGCUUUGGCACCAUUCCUGAAGUUUUGGAGGAGAGAUGAUGUUAGCAUGACAAAGGCUGAAAGAAGGACCGAAUUGAAUUUCAUAUAG